AUAAAAAUGUUGACUUUAUAAAAUAUUAAUAAUUUACACAAUUUCAACAAUAUUUUAGAAAAAGUUUUGAGAGCACAAUUAGGUAGUUCACUGAGCGGCUAGGUAGCAAUUAAAAAUUUGUUGGAUCCAAAAAUAACCAAUUAUUUUCCAUUUUGUUUAAUCAUUCAAUGAACGAUUAUGAUUCUGAAUUCUGAAUGUAUCCAUUGAAUACUGGCUUAAAGACCUAAGGUUUAGCUUAAAAGAACAAACCUACUAUCGUGUGCAUAAUGUAAAAAUGACGUAUUCUUAUAUCACGUAUGUGUGAUUGAGCGUGUAAAAGUGUGAGUACUGCCAUCGUUUCAUUUCACGUUCUGCGUUCUCCACGUGUUCGGUGUGUGCUAGUGUGUGCGGUUUCACGUUGUGCAGUUCGUCAACAUAUGUAACAUUUAUAUACUGCUGUCUGCAAUAAAUAUGAUUAAGAUGGCGACAGAAAGAAAAGGAACUUUCAAAGUUGAGUAUAUUCAAGAAAUUGAGAAAAAUGUACAAGCAAGAUGGGAAAUUGCUAAGAUAUACCAAACGGAUGCACCUUACCAAGAUAAAAGAUCACCAGAUGAAAAGUUUUUUGCAAAUUUUCCAUAUCCUUACAUGAAUGGACUUCUUCAUCUUGGACAUACUUUCUCACUCACAAAGUGUGAGUUUGCUAUUCGAUACAAUCGCCUCUUAGGAAAGAAAGUACUCUUUCCCUUUGGCUUUCAUUGCACGGGUAUGCCCAUUAAAGCCUGUGCUGAUAAAUUAAAGAGAGAAAUGGAAACAUAUGGUUAUCCACCUAAGUUUCCUGAAAUUGAGAUAAUAGAAGAAAAAGUAGACGAUAUUAUGAUAAAGGAUAAGAGUAAAGGAAAAAAGAGUAAGGCAAUUGCUAAAGCUGGUUCAGCAAAAUAUCAGUGGCAAAUUAUGCAGACUCUUGGCUUAAAAGAUGAGGAAAUCAAGAAGUUUGCUGAUGCUGCAUAUUGGUUGGAAUAUUUUCCACCACUUGCUGUCCGAGAUUUAAAAUCUAUCGGUCUUCAUGUAGACUGGCGAAGAACAUUUAUUACAACAGAUGCAAAUCCGUUUUAUGACUCGUUUAUACGCUGGCAGUUCCAUCAUUUGAAAUCUAGAAAUAAAAUUAAAUAUGGAAAGAGAUACACUAUUUAUUCACCAAAAGAUGGUCAACCUUGUAUGGAUCAUGAUAGAUCCUCUGGUGAAGGAGUUGGACCACAGGAAUAUACAUUGAUCAAAAUGAAAGUUCAAUGCCCUCAGAAAAUCAAGAUUUUCGACAAGUCAGUUUACCUUGUAGCUGCAACUUUAAGACCGGAAACAAUGUAUGGUCAAACAAACUGUUGGGUUCACCCUGACAUGAACUAUAUAGCGUAUAAUUUAGCAUGUGGAGACGUAUACAUUUCUACGGAACGUGCAGCAAGGAAUAUGUCCUAUCAAGGUUUCUUUAAAGAAGAGGGAAAGAUAGAUGUUAUUCAAAAGCUGACGGGCAAAGACUUAUUAGGACUGGAGUUGACUGCUCCUCUCACGUUUAAUAAGGUGAUUUAUGUGUUACCUAUGUUGACGAUAAAAGAAGACAAGGGUACUGGCAUCGUAACUUCCGUUCCUAGUGAUUCUCCUGAUGAUUAUGCUGCAUUAGUGGAUUUAAAAAAGAAACAGCCACUUAGGGAGAAGUACGGAAUCACUGACGAGAUGGUGUUACCAUAUAAUCCAAUUCCAAUAAUUGAAGUUCCAGAACUUGGAAAUUUAUUAGCAGUAACAUUAUAUGAUCAAUUAAAGAUUCAAUCCCAAAAUGAUAAAAUUAAACUAAUGGAAGCAAAGGAAAUAGCUUAUUUGAAAGGAUUUUACGAUGGCAUACUAUUAGUAGGUUCCCAUAAAGGCAAAAAGACACAGGAAGUUAAGAAACUAAUUCAGAAAGAGAUGAUUGAUUGUGGUGAAGCAGUAAUUUAUUACGAACCAGAAAAAACUAUUAUUUCAAGAUCAAAUGAUGAAUGCGUAGUAGCCUUAUGUAAUCAAUGGUAUUUAGAUUAUGGAGAAGAAAACUGGAAGAAGGAAACGCUCGAGGCUUUAAAGAAUCUGAAUACCUUUCACGAUGAAGUUAGAAAAAACUUCCUUGCUUGUUUUGAUUGGUUACAUGAGUAUGCAUGUUCAAGAACAUACGGACUUGGCACUAAAUUACCAUGGGACGAAAGUUGGUUGAUAGAAUCUCUAUCUGAUUCUACUAUUUAUAUGGCUUAUUACACAAUAGCGCAUUUUUUGCAAGGUGGAACCUUUAAAGGAGUUGAACCUAAUAUGUAUGGAAUAAGAGCCUGUGAUAUGACUUUGGAAGUAUGGGACUAUAUUUUCUUCAAAGACGCUAAACUGCCUAAGACACAUAUAAAGAAAGCAACUUUAGAUCGUAUGAGGCACGAAUUUCAGUAUUGGUACCCUGUAGAUUUGAGGGUUUCAGGAAAAGAUCUGAUACAAAAUCACCUUACAUAUUUCCUUUACAAUCAUACAGCAAUAUGGCCAAAUCAGCCUAAAUUUUGGCCACAAGGGAUAAGAGCAAAUGGUCAUCUGCUUCUAAAUUCAGCAAAGAUGUCUAAAUCUGAAGGCAACUUCUUAACACUUGCCGAAGCUGUGCAAAAAUACUCGGCCGAUGGCACGCGCCUUUGUUUAGCUGAUGCUGGUGAUUCGAUAGAGGAUGCAAAUUUCAUUGAGAGUACAGCCGAAGCAGGAAUUCUUAGAUUGUAUAAUUUUAUAGAGUGGGUCAAAGAUGUACUGAAUACAAAUUAUGAUUUUAAUGACAAUAGAUUGCAGAAUUUUCAUGAUAAAGUUUUUGAAAGCGAACUAAAUUUGAAAAUACGAGAAACUGAUAAAAAUUAUUCAAAAAUGCUUUACAAGGAAGCACUGAGAACAGGAUUUUACGAAUUUCAAACAGCGAGAGAUAAAUAUUUGCAAUUAAGUUCAAAGGUUAAUCCGAAUCUAAUUAAGAAAUAUAUAGAGAUUCAAAUAAUUCUUCUAUCUCCAAUUUGCCCACAUGUCUGCGAAUAUAUAUGGGGAGACUUACUUAAAAAGGAUGGCUUUAUAGUAGAUGCACCAUGGCCAGUGGCAGGAGAAGUAAAUGAAAUUUUAAUAAAAUCAUCUCAGUAUCUAAUGGAUGCUGCUCAUACAUUUAGAAUUCUUUUAAAAAAUUACAUGACAUCCAAAAAGGGAAAAAACGAUAUAGAAAAACCUACACAAGGGAUUAUUUGGAUAGCUAAAACUUAUCCUCCUUGGCAAAGUGUUAUCCUUACGAUAAUGAAGGAAAUGUAUUACAAAAAUGGAAAUAAAUUACCGGAUAAUAAAACACUCGCCACCGUGUUCUCCAGUAAAGCUGAGUUGAAAAAAUAUAUGAAAAGGGUAAUGCCAUUUGUGCAGCUCAUUAAGGAAAAGAUGGAAAUUAUUGGUGUUAGUGCACUAAAUUUGAGCCUUGAUUUUAACGAAUUUGAUGUACUCGAAAAUAAUAAGGAAUAUCUUCAAAAAACAUUAGGCCUUUAUGAUAUUAUUAUUAAAUAUACGGACGAAGCUCCAGAAAAAACGAGAGAAGAAUGUUGUCCAGGUGCUCCAUACAUUAACUUUUCUGCAAGUUCUGUUACAAUGUUUAUUACAAAUCCACAAAUGUGUAGCAAUUUGUUUGAAGUAUCUAUGAAAAUUUCGACUGUAACGGCUACAGAUAUUAUAUCUUACAUUGUAAAACAAAACAAUUAUAUAAAAGAUCCUGCUUCGAUCGUGUUAUAUCGGUAUAAUGAUCCGAUCCUGGGACCCAGAAUUAGACCAGUAGCAGGAAAUAUUUUAAAAGGAAAAACUGAGAUUCCAGUAAAUUCUGUGUUUAAGAAAAAUAUAGAAACAAAAAGCGUCGAAAUCAGUGUUGCAGAUAAAACAUACCAAGUAGGCGAAUAUUUGAUAUACAUCGAUAAAUCUCUAGAAAAGUAAACGAUAUAUUUGAUUUUAAUAAAACGUUUUAUUAAGUAUGUAAGCAAUUAUUUAUGAAAUAAUUUAAAUAAUUAAUAAGAUUGUAAAGAAUGUUUUUUUUUUCAAUUCUUAAAUUAGUGGAGUGAUGUGAAGGCUUCCAUACUCCAAGUUCCAUUCACCAUUUUUCUUAUAUAUUAUUUAGCACCUCAGUGUAUCCAUACAACUUUUUUGAAAUUUUUAAUUUUCUUCUAAAUAUUCACGUGUUUACAUUUUAAAGUUCUUAAAUAGUUAGGAAUAGAUAAGUUUAUUAUACUGUAACUUUAUGCAAAAUAGUACCAUUAAAAUGCUUUAUAAAUA